AUGGAGGGGUUGCCGAGUCGGGACCAGUGCGCGGCCAUUUUGCAGGCUCUUUUGUCGCAGCGUGCGGCCGAAGCUUUGGGCACGCUGCGCAGUUGGACGGCCUCACAGCGCACAGCUGCUCUGAAAGCCUACCCCGAUCUGAUGUGUCGCAAAGGGCACCCACAGGUUGUCCAAGCCUUGCUUGAUGGCGGUGCUGAUUUGCACUGUAAAGACAAGCGUCAACAGUCUGUGCUUCACCUUGCAAUCAUCUAUGGGCAAACGGAGCUGACUGCCAUCUUCUUGGCGGCCGGUGCAGAUGUUCAUGCCAGUGAUGUCGUACGUAGCCUGUGUCUCUGGCAGAAUACGCCCUUGCACGUGGCAUGCCGGAGGCGCAAAGUUGAUGCUGUCCGUGCUCUGCUGCAAGCGGGUGCUCGCGUAGACGCACAGAACGAGGAUGGGCUGCAACCGUUGCACUGUGGUGCUCAUGGCGGCGACUUACAUGUGGUUCACUUGCUUCUCGAGCACGGGGCCGACCCAAAGGUGGCCGAUAUCACGGGCCGCACCCCUCUCCACCUUGCCGUCCUUUAUGGUGCCCAAUAUCAGGUUUUGGAAGCUCUCAUUUUCGCCGGUGGAUCCAUCGACGCCGCUGAUGAGGUGAGCCGCUUCGUCAACGGCUUCGAAAGGCACUAG